GUAACCACAGACAAGAACACACACACCACUAUUAACUUUGUUUCUUUUCCUUUUUUCCCUUCGCUUUCUUUCUCUUUCUCUCUCUCUCUCUCCACCCUUUUUCUUUCCUAUACGGGGAUCGAUAAGAAAAGACAAAGUAGUCGCGUAACGUCGUAUUCGACUUCUGCACAUUUUUGACUUUGACGAACAACCCAGAACAGAAAAAAAAAAGAGGGCGAACCCCCCCCUAAAAAGAAAAAGCAGCAGCAGCAGCAGCAGUUAUGGAAUCAGGCGUAUCAAGCGAUCCCGGUGUCAAUACUACCGCUUCAGAAUCCAAUGGCGAGACAACCGGCAAAAGUCAUCGGAUGCGGCUCUUUCAUAGAUCCAAGAGUGGCAUUCGCUCCCUCAUAAGCCGUCCACACUCACGGACGUCUUCAAUUGACAAUGAAGCUUCCGAUGACAAUGGACGUGCGCCAACACCGUCGUCAUCGUCUUCUACAGACUCGAACGAGCCUGUGCUGCAAGUGUCUAUCCUGCGUGCUCGGUAUUUGCAUCCUAAAAUUGAGGAUAGCACCAACUUGAAUCCCUACGUGAUCGUCAGCUGUGCAGGUCAAAAACAACGGACGCACGUCGUAAAGAAAUCUGAAGACCCUGAUUGGCAGUGUACGUUUGAUAUCAAGCUUCCGCAUACUCGCCGGAAACGCCGGCUCUUGUGGAGACACGGCGUUGUCAUUACCGUCUGCACAAAGGACAGGUUCAAGGCAGAGUUCCUCGGUCAAAUCCGGUUCCCUGUCGAAAGACUAUUUACGGAUAACGCUGUUAAUGAGGCAAAGUGGCAUGCCAUCCAAGAACCAUCACGCUCAAAGUUCCGCAUACGCCGUCGGAAAAACUAUGUUGCCGAUGAGCAGGCGGGUGAGCUAGAGAUUAAGUUUGGACUGACGCAUAGCACUGGCGGUGGUGGUAGUAGCAAUGACGACGAGCUGCGGGAAAUGUGGGACACGUACCUCGAGCAAUAUCAUCCCAUGCAAGAGAUCGAUAGCGCAUCCUUGCAACCUUCCGACAUGGAGCACCUUAAUCUAUCGGCACCACCGCCAUCGCGCCCUCGUUUCAGAAAUAGACAGCGGACCAAGAGCGACAAUUCACUCGUCAGCAGCAAACAACAAAAGAAAUCCGGCCGCGUAAAGAGGAAUUUCAAACGUAGAAAGGAUUACAUUGCCAAGUUCUAUUCAGACGUUGUUGGCGUUGCUUUCUUUGAGAUCUCCCAUGCAAAUGACCUUCCUCCUGAACGAAAUAUGACGCGCACCGGGUUCGAUAUGGAUCCAUUUGUGAUUGUAUCAUACGGCACAUCCACAUUCCGCACACGUGCGAUCCGACAUAACCUGAAUCCCGUGUGGAAUGAAAAGUUGUUUUUCCAUGUGCGCGAAAAUGAAUCAAAGUACAAGCUUAAAUUUGCCCUGUACGAUAAGGACAAGAUUACAGGCCACGACUAUGUCGCAUGGAAAGAGUUGGAUAUUGCAGAUAUCCUCCACCACGCAUCCAAAAAGCAAGAAGGAGAAGACACCGAUAGCAACAGCAGCAACGAGACAAAUAGGAUCAUCAAGGACGCCUUAGCAACCGAUACCCCAGCCGAUGCCAUUGAUGCCAACAUGGACAUGCACACGGUCGACUUGGAAAUGGUCAACAAGGACCGUUGGCAGGACCGCCAUCCAACGUUAACCUUCCGUGUCAAGUUCGUGCCUUAUACCAAAAUGCGCAAGCUGUUUUGGGUUGCACUUGCCAAGAACUACAGUGAUGAUUACAUGAUUGGUCGUUUGGGUGUAUUAUCGAUGCUCGAAAGUUUGGGCUCGACGAUUUCCGAAGCCACCGUCAAUGGGUUCUGGGAGCAGCACAACAAGGAUCCAGAAACGGACGAAAUGACCUUGGACGAGCUGGUGGAAAGCCUUGAAAAUUUCAUGCUGUCUGCCGAAAUGCCUCCCACACACGAGAGUACUGUGACGGCACUCGAUAAUAGCGAUAGCAGCAGCGAGUUGUCUGAUUCCGAUAUAGUGGAGGAUGACGAUGUUGAUGAUGAUAUCGAGGAGCUCGAGCUGCUUGACGACUAUGACGACCCGAUUGAAACGCCAUCUUCUGGUAUCUCUGAAGAAACGGAUGGCGAUGAGGUGCUGCUCGAGGCCCAAGGGGUCCAAUAUGAUGAGCAAUCGCAUCUCGCGUUCGACAUGUCCAGGUCGUCUUCAAGUAACGGCAAGGACGAGUAUGAACAGGUGAUCCGUUUAGCAGAAUGUCCGAUUUGCCAUCGGCCCAAUUUGUCGAAGCGGGCGCAGAUGGAUAUUGUGACGCAUGUGGCCAUGUGUGCUGCCAACGACUGGACGACGGUGGAUCGGUUCCUGAUGGGCGAUUUCGUCACUGAGGCUCAUGCACAACGCAGAUGGUUCGUCAAACUUGUCAGUAAAGUGGGCUACGGACGAUACCAACUGGGAAGGAACAAUGCCAAUAUUAUUGUACAAGAUCGUCGUACCGGCCAAUUGAUUGAAGAGAGGAUGAGUGUCUAUGUCCGUUUAGGCAUGCGCCUUAUUUACAAAGGCAUGAAGACCGGCAUUCAAUCCAAAACAGCCCAACGCGUUUUGACCAACAUGACAUUCAAGCAAGGUCGCCGAUACGAUUCCCCACAUUCAGCACGAGAAAUUGGACCCUUUAUCAAGUUCCACAAUCUCGAUCUGAGCGAAGUGCUCGACCCGCUCGAUAGUUUCAAGACAUUCAAUGAAUUUUUCUAUCGCAAACUGAAACCGGAAGCGCGUCCUUGCGAAUGCCCUGACGAUCCAUCCGUCGCGGUCAGCCCAGCAGACUGUCGAAUGAUGGCAUUUGCCACUAUCGAUGAUGCCACACGUCUAUGGAUCAAGGGCAUCGAGUUCAGUGUUGCAAAACUGCUAGAUGACCCCGUCGAAGCAGAGGCUUUUGAAGGAGGCGCCUUGGCGAUCUUCCGAUUGGCACCCCAGGAUUAUCAUAGAUUCCACUCGCCUGUCGAUGGCAAGAUUACCGAUAUCAAGUACAUAUCAGGACAGUACUAUACCGUGAAUCCAAUGGCUAUUCGUACCACACUCGAUGUGUAUGGUGACAAUGCGCGCGCUGUCGUGACCCUAGAAACAGAAGCGUUUGGCAAAGUAGCCGUGGUACUGAUCGGCGCCAUGAUGGUGGGUUCCAUCGUGUUGACUCCCAAGACUGGCGAUUAUUUAUCUCGCACAGACGAACUGGGUUAUUUUGCAUUUGGCGGAAGCACCAUUGUUGUUCUGUGGGAGCAAGAUACCCUUACUUUCGAUCGAGACCUGCUCGAGAACUCUGAAAAGACAUUGGAAACCUUGGUCCGUGUUGGCAACCGCAUUGGCAACCAUCCGUGAAUAAAAAAAAGUGAACUUAAUAUAACACGUAGCUACUAGCAUCCAUUCUUGUAUUGUAUCAUUAUCAUUACUAUAUUCUUACUAUGUUUUCCGUUUCUUUUUCCCCCUUCAAACGCGAUUGUAAUAUCCAUCAAUAUCCCUACACAACACACUGUCCAUUUCUUCCACACAGCACACGCAAAACAUCACCUUUUGAAAGAGCCAAUCACUUGUAAAUUCUUUUCCUUUGUUUUUGGG